AUGGUGCAGCCAACCAACGCCGCAGCGCACGCCGCGGCCGCAGACACGUUAAACCCACCACAGCCAAAACUUCCGCCACUCCGCCGAUCUCGCGCAUCUGGUUCUUUUCACGCUGGAGAGCCCUUUCCCAUCACGUCCCCAUUUGACGAUUCUCUCGCAAACUGCAGCCGAACACGAAAGCGCUCUGCCGGCGACACUCACUACCACCCCCUCCGUCGGCAGUCGACCGCAAAAUACCAUACUUUCCCGACACCGCCUCCCCCCGCACCUUCCGAUAGUCGACGGUCUCCCCGAUCGCCCCGAGCUUGGUACAGGCGCAUUUUCCACCCCCACAGCGGGACACCGGAUCUUGAGGAUGGGGAGGAGUCAGGCAAUAUUGCUGGGGGGUUGACAAGCCCCGGCUUCGAUGAGGAGAGAGAAAGGCCAGCGUCAAGGCGAAGCCAUAGGGAUCAAUCCUCGGACGAAGAUGAAGAAGCUCCACACCACACCACAACCCCUUUACCAUGGGGCCAACUGGGUCUCCUGGCAUUGCUCUCGCUUGCCGAACAAACGGCACUGAAUUCGAUCGGCCCAUACCUCCCGACUAUGGUCGCGUCGUUUGAGGAUGUUCCGGAUGGAGACGAGGGUGUCUACGUUGGCCUCCUUGCCUCUGCCUUUGCGCUCGCCCAGCUCGCGACGAAUCUGCUAUGGGGCUACAUGUCCGACCGUGUAGGGCGCAAGCCAACCAUGCUGCUAGGCACAUCGCUUCUCACAGUUUGUUUUGUCUUCUUUGGUUUGUGCAACACAUAUUCCCAGUUGAUUCUUGUUCAUGUGGCCAUGGGGCUGUUCAAUGGAAACGCGGCCAUUGUCCCAACGUGCUUGGGCGAGGUCACAGAUCGCACCAAUCAAAGUAGCGCCUUUAUCUGGUUGCCCGUCAUUUACAGCCUCGGCAGUAUCACGGGGCCAGCGUUGGGCGGUUUGCUAGUUGGGGCGGUUGGAGGUGCCCGGCAUCCAUUCCUCGCCCCGAACCUUGUGGUUGCUGCGCUCCUGCUUUCCAGCGUCGCGGUUAUGGGUGUCUGGUUUGAAGAGACGCUUCAGGGAUCUGGCCCUAAUGCCACGAGCGAGGGCCUCGGUUGGUUACAGGCUGUGCGCAGGUGGUGCCUUGGGCGGUGGGGGGCCGUGAUGGGCCGCUCCGACGACACCGCCCCCUCUGAUCUUGGAACCGAACAGGAGACGCUUCUACAAAGGCACGCCGCCGAUGAUGGCGACGAUGAUGGCGACGAUUCGGCAUUCCACGGGCUCAGGAACCGCAACACGCUCUCCGUCCUGGGGACCUACCUGGUUUUUCAACUCGCUAACAUAUCCUUCAACUCGCUCUAUCCCAUCUUCGCGUCCUCUCCUCCACCCACCGGCCGUGAUCUUGGUCCUGGGACGAUUGGGGUCAGUCUUUCUCUGGCCGGUCUCGUGACAAUUUUCUUCCAAGUUUUCGUCUUCCAAAAGCUAAAGGAGAGAAUGGGAAACUUGGGAACAUACCGCUACUCGAUGCUCGGUCUGGCUAUUAGCAUGUUUCUGAUGCCCUGGCUGGGUUAUCUUGACGGUGAACCAGCAUUUGGGCUGGGCUCGGGGAAGGGCUGGCUCUACGGCGAACUGGGAAUCAUCUUGGUUCUUAAAAAUACAUGUGCGGUUGGGGGGUUGAGCAGCGUCAUGCUUCUGAUCACUAAUUCUGCACCGUCACACGAGACGCUCGGUACGCUCAACGGUAUCGCUCAAACCCUCUCGGCCGCUGGUCGUAGUAUCGGACCGUUUUUGUCCGGGGGCCUUUUUACCCUGUCGACACAUGUGACUCCAAAGGGCGAGGCACUGGCUUGGGGGCUUUUCGCUGGCAUCACCGUUUUAGGCUGGCUCAGUACGUUUCUUAUUCGCAACAAGGGUCUUGAAAGUGCGGGGUGGACAGGCGAUGGCGUGGAUGGCGAAGCUACUGACCAGUCGGAGUACGAGGAGGAAGGGACUGAAAGGUGA